ACCUUUAAAAAAAAAAAACCCUCCUUUGCCUCCCAUCCAAGUUGAAUUUAAAAAAAAUGAAGUCAUUGCAGUUUGCUGCUGUUUUCCUUAUGCUCCUGUUUUCUGGGCAUUCACUAGCACAUACAGUCACAUUUUAUAUACACAACAAGUGUCCUUUCCCCAUAUGGCCAGGAACUGCCGCCAAUGCUGGCCAUCCGGUGAUAGCAGACGGUGGAUUCUAUCUCCCUACAGGUGAGACUCGACGGAUUGAGGCACCGUGGACAUGGAGUGGCCGAAUUUGGGCCCGGACAGGAUGCAACUUUAACUCCAAUUGGCAACCAGCUUGUGAAACUGGUGAUUGUAACGGAAGGCUUCAAUGCGAUGGACUAAUUGGUACACCACCGGCUACGUUAGUCCAAAUCGCACUCCAAGGCGGCAAAGCCUCCAAACCUAAUUUCUACGACGUAAGCCUCGUCGAUGGCUACAACCUUCCGGUUUCCAUCUCUACGAGACCCUUUUCGCCUAAAUGUGCAAUCGGAGGCUGCUCUGAAAACCUGAACAACUUGUGCCCUCAAGAACUCGAAGUCUGUAACAAGCACGGGCAAGUAGUUGCUUGCAAAAGUGCUUGCUUGGCUUUCAAUGUCGAUUCAUUUUGUUGCAGAAACGAGUAUGGAACACCCGAAACAUGCAAACCGAGCCUAUAUUCGAAGAUUUUUAAAGAGGCUUGCCCUUGUUAUUAUAGCUAUGCCUUUGAUAUGCCUCCACCAUUGAUAAACUGUGCUUCAAAAGAGUAUAUUAUAACUUUCUGUCCUUCAACAUGGGGAGCUCAUCAGUUUUAUUAUGGCGGGGACUUAUAUAACCGAAGAUAUGUGGAGAAAGAGACCGAGAUUGGCCCUGAAACAGUCUCCAAUCUGCGUUUGAAAUGGGAAUUCAUUGCAGGCGAACACAUAACAGCGACGCCAGAGAUUUUCGAUGGAACCCUUUAUUUUCCGAGCUGGAACGGGAACAUCUAUGCUAUUCAAGCCUGUGAUGGAUCCCUUGUUUGGGAGAAAAAUUUGGAGGAGUUAACUGGGCUUAAUGCCACUGGUUUUAUCAUGAAUGUUAACUGGACAGUUUCAAGAGCAACGCCAAUAAUUGCAGAUGAUUUGCUCAUCAGCGGAAUCUAUGGCCCUGCCAUUGUUAUUGCGUCGAAGCCAGUUUGGUCAACCCAGCUUGAUAACCAUGCCGCUGGUGUCAUCACCAUGUCUGGAACUUACUAUAAACAUGUUGGAUCUCUGAGACAGUUUUGGAUUGUUGGUGCAAUUCAGCUUUGA